CUGUGCGGUGCGCGCGCCUGCUCCGAACGAAAUAGCCGGGCCGUAGGAGGUGAGAAUAAACCGCCUCGCCAGCACCGACGCCAGGGCUCCACGUUCGUCCCAGACACCGGAGAAAGUAGCAGGAUGUCCGAGGAGAAGCCAAAGGAAGGAGUGAAGACGGAGAACGACCACAUCAACCUGAAGGUAGCGGGUCAGGAUGGAUCGGUGGUCCAGUUCAAGAUCAAGAGGCACACUCCCCUCAGCAAACUCAUGAAGGCGUACUGCGAAAGACAGGGGCUUUCAAUUCGUCAGAUAAGGUUUAGGUUCGAUGGACAGCCGAUUAACGAGACGGACACACCUGCACAGCUGGAGAUGGAAGAUGAAGACACUAUCGAUGUAUUCCAGCAACAAACAGGAGGAGUCUACUAAAAGGCGUUUGGACUGUUGGUGUAAUGUCGGGUUUUUGUUAAUGUUUAUUUCUAUGAUUUUUCAGUUUUUAAUUAUUUUUUUUUCUUCUUCUUCCCCUCCCCCUGUUCUGCUCUGGGCGUAUCAUCAGGCACAUGUUUAUGGUAGACUUCCAGGGGAAAAUCCUGACUCCUAAAUAAUGCAGGGAAGCCCGUUUAAUUUUUUUUAACUCCUAAAUAAACUGUUGAACAAUUGUCUGAAGCUGGGGCUCAUCUCCGAUCUGACCCGAUACGAUGGGAGGGGGGGUCUUGUGACAAGAUGUGCUCGUGUAUCAUAAGCUUUUGUUACCUUAUUCGGUUUCCCAAUUUAUAAGCAUUUGAAUUUAAAACAGGCUGAAGUAUGUUAAUUGACUUAGUUAAAGGUUAAGAUUGUGUGUGCGAAAAGCUUCUCCGCCGGAUUCUGGUACCAUGUUUAGAACCAUGUGUCAUAAAUAUCCAUAGUUUGCACAACUCAAAAAAAAAAAAAAAAAAUUGAAAGGAACGCUUCGGAAAACACAUCGGAUCUCGCUUGGAAAUAUAACCAUGCUGGUGGGUAAGAGAAAAGGAUGCCGCAUCGUUUGAUGAAAAUGUCGGUGAGAACGUGAAACU